CAACUAACAAGUGUUAUCUAUAUCUAUAUAUAUGGUGCAAUGUUGCCAUUACCAUCAAACAAGUGUAACUUGUAAAGAGAGGUUUGCAUAAAUUUUCUCAAACAGUUAAAAUGGAGGCCAAAAAUCAGGAAGAUUAUUGUGUUACAAUACCACUAUUAUUUGGCAAAGGAGAUGUGGGGGGAACAAAUAAGGUGGAGAAGGAGCUAUACAGCAACAUGGGCACUACUUCUUUCAUCAGUACUUGUUUCAAUUGUCUCAAUGCUCUCUCAGGAGUAGGAAUACUUUCAAUUUCAUAUGCAUUGGCAUCAGGAGGGUGGUUGAGCUUGAUACUACUCUUUGUGAUUGCUAGCUCAACCUUCUACACGGGAUUGUUAAUCCAAAGAUGUAUGGAGAUCGAUCCAAUGAUAACUAGUUAUCCCGAUAUUGGGGAACGUGCUUUUGGCAAAACGGGAAGAACUAUAGUAUCAACCACUAUGAAUGUAGAGCUCUACUUAGUCGCAACAGGUUUCCUGAUCCUAGAAGGCGAUAAUAUGUGCAACUUAUUCCCAGAUAUGGACUUUGAUAUAUAUGGCACUCGUAUUGGAACAAAAAGUGUAUUUGUUGUCCUUGUUGCGAUCAUUAUAUUCCCCACAAACUGGUUUAACAGCAUGAAACUCCUUUCAUAUGUGUCAGCCAGUGGAGUUUUAGCAUCCAUGAUCAUCCUAGGCUCGAUCUUUUGGGCUGGUGCGGUUGACGGUGUUGGGUUUCAACAAAAGGGUCAGCUCAUAAACUGGAAUGGGCUUCCGUCGGCUAUAAGCUUAUAUGCAUUCUGCUAUUGUGCUCAUCCUGUUUUCCCUACCCUGUAUACCUCCAUGAGAAACCAACAUCAGUUUCCAAAGGUCUUGCUCCUAUCUUUUGUCUUAUGUACGGCUACUUACUCAAUUAUGGCGAUUACUGGCUACCUUAUGUUUGGUCAAGAGUUAGAGUCACAGAUCACACUAAACCUUUCAACAACCAAUAUAAGCUCAAAACUGGCCAUAUGCACCGCUCUCGUUACUCCAAUAGCUAAAUAUGCACUAAUGUUAACACCAAUAGUUAAUAGCAUCGAAGCAAAGUUUCAAUCUUCUUACAACAAACGGAUGCAUAGCUUUUUAAUUAGAACGAUAUUGAUGAUAAGCACCGUAGUUGUAGCCCUGUCCCUCCCAUUUUUCGGGUAUCUAAUGUCCCUCGUGGGAGCGCUUCUAAGUGCUACAACUUCAAUAACGAUACCGUGCUUGUGUUACUUGAAGAUCUGCGGCGGUUGCAGCAAGAAGAGAAUUGGGCUUGAGAUGAUGAUUGUGGGGUUCAUUGCGUUAAUUGGCCUAAUUGUUGCAGUUGUGGGUACCUAUGUAUCAUUGGUAGAUAUAAUAACCAACUUAUGAGGAGGAACAAGUAGUUGACUUCAAAUCAAAGCUAUGUUAGCAUAUGUCAAUUUUGGAUAGAAAUAUAAACUUAUGUAGCUAAGUAAUUAAGUGUAGGAAUAUAAACAUAUUAAACAUGUAAUAAUCACGAAUAAAUGCAGCGGAAAAGUAGAUCUCGUAUAA